CUGAAUGGUUACCGUUUUGGGAACAAAACCAGUGGGAAGUAAACCAAGUGCCAGUGUGGCAACGAGACAAAUGGGAAGAAAUACUGAAUAUCGCCAAGCAGAGAUCUUUCUUGGUAGGCUGGGUUGCUGCACACCAGACAGGAGAUAACCCGGCCCACCUCCUAAAUAACCAAGUAGAUUCCUUAACACGUCUAGCCAGUCUUGCCAUCGAUGGUGAAGCAGAGAAAUGGGAACACCUUCUGGAGUGGCUGCACAUGAAGCGUGGCCAUUCAGGGAGUAAAGACCUGUACAAAGAGGCUAUUAGUAGAGGAUGGGCCGUUACACGAGAAUUAUGUAACACUGUUAUUUCUGCAUGCGGUCAAUGUCGAGUUCGUUUGGAAAAAUAUAACCCUUUAAAAGAGCAACCCCUGCAUUUAAGGACAAACAAAGGUUUAUGGCAAACGUGGCAAAUUGACUAUAUUGGCCCCUUUCGGGUAUCAGAGGGAAAACGAUAUGUGUUAGUAGGAGUAGAGGUAGUAUCAGGACUAACACAAGCUGAAGCUGUAUCCAGAGCAACAGGAGAAAAUACAGUGAAAAGUCUUAAAGUAUGGUUUAGCUGCUUGCCCAAGCCUCAAUCAAUUCAAUCUGAUAACGGGAGCCAUUUCACUGCUGGAGUAGUGCAAGAAUGGGCUAAGGGUGAGGAAAUCCAGUGGGUUUUUCACACCCCUUACUACCCUCAAGCUAAUGGUAUUGUGGAGAGAACGAACAGACUUCUAAAACGAGCUCUGAGGCCCCAUGACCCAGGGUGGGCCUCGCGAGUACCAGAAGCAGCAUACCGAAUCAAUAGCCGGUGGGGGGCAAAUGGCUGCCCCCGACUCCUGGUGUUCUGUCCCACACCUCCUUCUAUUGUUCCAGGGACGAAAGGUGGCAAAGACCCUGUACGCUUGCUCCACUAUGCUGGACAACCAGUAUUAGUGGAACUGCCCACUGUGGGGCAAGUGCCCCUAACCCUAAAGACGCCCCUUAACCUUUAUUCCUGGGUGGCCACAGAUGCCCAUGGGAAGGAGCAUCGUAUCAAUACCCGAUGGAUUGUCCCAUCCUUCUAAGUGGGCCUUCAUGUCCUGAAUUAAAGUUGUUCCGAUGUUAAAUGGCUGAUGGGAAUAUGUUUUUUCUCUAUCCCACUAGCUGGAUUCUAACAAGCAUAUCAGUUAAGAUGCAGAAUAUAAGCCCAACCCUCUGCUAUAGUGCUAAGACCAUAGCUGCUUGAUUGCUUGCUUAUGUUUUUGUUACUUUUGUAUUUCUGACUAGUGAUGCUGUGUUGACUUCUCAGGAUUCCUGAGUUGGGGGGAGGACAUGGGGAGCUUGGCAGCAGACCGCGUUGGAGUUCUUGCAGCGGCACCUACGCCACGUAAGAGCAAGAGGUCGCUAUAAACUUAUUAGCCUUUUUACGCACAAUGAGCACAUUCUGCUGAUCUACGGAUGCUUUAAUCAGAGCAAUUCCAGUCAAGAGAGCUUCAAGUUUAAGGCUAGUUUGUAUGCAUCUAUAAUAAGUAACACAUCCUGCACAUGGCCUGUAUGAGGUUGUUUUACAGAAGCUGCAUGAGCGCCUUGGAGGGUGCACCUCAGCCUCUCGGAUGGAUCCCAACCACUAGCAGCACUGCUUGACAUCUCCUCCAAAUCCCAUCCCUCUAAUCAUUGUUUAUUUUUGUAUAUAUUUUGCAGGUUAUCAGAAGCCCACAGCAGGACUUAUGUUUUCACUUGAUGAGUGGGCCAUUACCUGUAUUGUUUGUUUGAUUUCGUUUGUGAUAUUUUUAUGGUACAACAGGGAAAGAUGGUUUGGAACUCCUUCCUCCUUGCCUUUCUUACCUUUGGUGCAUCUGGACAAGGAGAAAGGACCUCCAAUUUAGCUUGGGAAGUGAUACAAGGAUUCAUACAUGUCUGGAAUAGAACGGAUCAGGGGAUCUGUAUUCAGAUUCCUACUUCUGCCGAGCAGGGGAUUAGAUUCGGUUUGAUACCCAUGAGGCUCAAUAUUGGAAAAUAUAAUAUGAGCAAUGGCAUUAUAGGGUUAGUAGAUGCUCCUUUUGAGUAUCAAUAUCGAAGUGAUUAUACCUCUUCUGGCAGAUGGUGGCGAGAUGAAGCAGCCUUCUAUGAGAUCCCUCGGGACACGGGGUGGCCUGACUUAAUAAACAAAACUUGUAAGCGAUGGAGAUUGGAGGUCAGCCGUGAAAUCGGUAUUAGUCAUAGCCCACCGUGUCCUCCAGGAUUCAAGGAAGCCUAUUCCAGACGAUUCCCACCUUCUCCAUCCUGGUGGAGAAUAACAGGCUGCCCUUCCUAUCACAAUAUAUCUUGUAAUCUAGUGCCCUUUUGGCCUGCUUCCCCGGAAAUUACCCCUUUUGAAUUACAAUAUAAUGUAAGAUGGGUUUCGGCUUGGUGUGUUCACAUACCUGACAGGAAGGGACAAUAUCUUUUAAUGAAUAAUGUCCACACUGCUUGGGGAUGGUCAGUGAAACACAUGUUAAAAAAACCAACCUCUUCACUUAUUAAAGAAAGAAUUCGUGGGCAUGCCCAACCCCAAUGAUGCCCAUUUGUUAAACUGUACCCACAUUAUAGAUUGUACCACAGGCGCUGGCGAUCCCAUCGAAAUGUGGAUCAGUUUGGAAGUUAGAACCUUAAUUCAAGAUACGUGCACCUGUUGGGGAUAUCCUAAUUUUGGAUACCGAAACCGAGAUAGCCAAUGUAAUCAGAUCACCAAUAAUGUUAAUAUCUGGCUAAAAUGUGGAAUUCCCAUUAACCACUUCCCAAGACAUAAGGUGGGGGAAGAUAAUCAAAUACCCCGGGGAGACGCAGCUACUUGUCAAAACGCUUUGUAUGCCGCCCCUGAGGGGACCGUCUGGGGGUGCUCAGAUGGGAAAAUGUACUCGCACCUGAAUGUUAUCAAACAGGCUGGAUUGCGGUGUGGUUUGGGAAUUCCUACUAUGUGUCCCAGGCGAAUCUUUGAAUAUACCACACCACCUAUUCACAGGAAAAAACGAGAACUUGAUGACCCAAGUAGCACCCAGAAGUGGAUUCAAAGCAUUCUAAAACCCGAUUAUUAUACCUGGGGACAGACGGUAUCGUUAGAGCUAGAAGCAUUCUUUGCACCAUCUGGGUAUAUUGUUCGGCACCAAUGGGUGCUAGAAAACCUAACUUGGCAAGUACAUGUAUUAAGUAAUUGGACUCGAUAUGCCUUUGGGGAACUAAAUCUGCAAGUGCAACAAGUAUCAAAAAUGGCAUUACAGAAUCGUUUAGCCUUAGAUAUGUUAUUGUUAAAAGAACAAGGUGUGUGUGGUAUGUUAAACUUGACUGAAUCCGAAUGUUGUAUUACCAUUCAUAAUGCCACGACCUCAAUUGAAGAAGCCCGGGCAAAGAUGAAGGAGAUUGCUGACCAGACGGGGGAACUCUUCCACGCAAUGCAACCAGCUGACUGGUUUGAUGGCUGGAGUCCCAACUCAUGGCUACAUUCCAUUUUUGGGAUCCUUGGGACUGACGGGGUGGGGAAAAUGGCUUGUAAAUAUUGGACUUAUGAUAUUAAUUGGAUUUAUAUGUUUAAUAGCAGGCCUUGCCAUAGUAAGAUGUAUGAUUAGCCGCUUGCUAUCCUCAGCUGUCUCUCUCUCUUCUCCUACUGUCCGCUAUAUUAAAAUCACCACAGACGAAGAUGAUAUGAACGAGAAUCAAAGUCCAGCGACUGUUUGAGCCACGGGGUGGUGUGACGGUCUGACAAACUAUAGUCAAUGUCUCAAACAUCCGUUAAAGAGCUUUGGUGGAGAAAACGGCCUCUGUAAAAAUGCUGGAGUUUUGUGAACAGGACAACGUGGCCGGAGGAGAGGGCCCCACGGAGGGUGGGACCGCACUUCUCCAAAGCUGCAAUUCCUUAUCUUAAGUGACCAGGAGAAGGAGCACAGCAUAUGUGCCUGGAGGAGGAGGCCCCACGGAGGAUGGGACUGUGCUUCUAUCUUAAGCGGUCAUGCCAGCAGGAAAAGAGAGGCAACUCUGCAAUGAACCCCCCCAAAGCUCACCGACCGAUUCCAGAGAACCCCGGGAAUGGGAACUGUGCAUGUCGAGACCAUCAACUAACACACUAUAAAAGAAGGGAGAACGAGUUCUCAGUGCGCACCCUCCGGAACUGGAUCUCUACGCUGGCUGGACCAAUGCUGGACCCAGGACUGGUGAAACCCUUUUCUUCUCUC